GAAGAAUAUUAAUUAUUUGAGAGAAAUACCUGUGUUUGGCUGACAUUUUGUCCACGGUGGCGCACUUCGUAGUUCAGUUUAAGUUAGAUAGCCAGUAACUAAAUCACUCGGCUCUGGAAUACCUGUCAGUUGCGAAGUUGUCAGUCAUAACGAAACAUAGCGGUUGCGGCUACACUUGUUAGAAUAUUUCCAUUUUUGCUGAAUCCCGUGACAUCCCUCCCGUCGACAUCAUGGCGGCUGUUGCCAAGCAAUCAAAGACGCGAGGGAAGAAGAAGCGAGUCCAGAGAACUACGUCUAAUGUGUUCGCCAUGUUUGAUCAGGCCCAGAUACAGGAGUUCAAAGAGGCGUUCACUAUGAUCGAUCAGAACCAAGAUGGGUUUAUUGACCGAGAUGACCUUCAGGAGACGCUCCGCUCCCUGGGGAAGGAUCCCGGGGCUCAGGAGCUGGAUCAGAUGGUCAAUGAGGCCCCCGGACCCCUCAAUUUCACCAUGUUCAUUACAUUGUUCGGGGAGAAACUGACCGGUACUGAUCCCGAGGAUGUCAUCAGGAACGCAUUCUCAUGCUUUGAUGACUACAACUUAGGAGCGAUAGAUGAGGAAUUUCUAAAGGACAAGAUGAUGACAAUGGGUGAUAGAUGGUCUGAGGAUAUGAUCGACGAGCUCUUCCACGUGGCACCGAUCAAAGAUGGUCGCUUUGACUACAUGGAGUUUACCCGUAUGAUAAAACACGGGAAUAAAGACAAAGAGGAGGAGGCACAAAAGUGAGGGGCUGUCCUAGUGAUGCAUUAUUGACAGGUGUAGAAGUAAAGUUCGUUCGUUUCUUGUGUGGACAUUGGACUGUAGCUGUUGAUUCGUUAAUGGGGAAAUUAGACGGUAAAUAACAACUUUCCACAGUGAAAUUAGAUUGCUGUCGACAGAGUUCGAUGCUUAAGUAGGCUGCAAGCUGACAGUUGUCGCUGUGAAACGGAACUGCAACCGGCAGUUUUUAGUUUGUUGUGUAAUAAUUUUACUUACGAGAUUCGCGAUGCAUUGUGCGGGUUUUGCAGAGAUUAAGCUAUAUACAUUUUAUUUCGAUCUUACCGCGAGAAAAUUU